AAAAUUUUUGCAAGACACUUAUUAUUGCCAAUUGUUAAAUCAAAAACAUUGAUUGCUAGGUAUUUAAAAAUAGAAAAGAGUUGCUUUAUAUGUUGUAUACUUCCUGCGCACUGUCGCAAGCGUUUGUUGUUUCGUCGGUAAAAUUAUAUUUACAUAUUGGACGCCAAUUUAAGGGAAAGCUUUCAGACUAGGACUUGGCAUUACAAUGGCACAAAUAGAGGAAUACCAGGAUCUAGUGUUAGAUGCACUCGAAACAGUUGAGUUCAAGCUGAUACGCGACAAGGCAGACAUCCACAAUGAUGCCUUGAUAUUUCACCCAGCAAUGGCUCAUCAAAUAUUUGGUGACUCCGAGACUAUAUUUGGUUAUGAGGGCCUGCAUGUCCGAGUACUCUAUACGGCAGGUCCGUUGCACAUUUACCUGGGCAUUGAGUACGACAAGCGAGUGAAUGAAAUUUCUGGUGGUGAAAUCAAAGCUGACGACGUUGUAGCCACCAUAGCGCAGAGUCUGCCAGACGGCUGUUACUUUAUUAAUCUAGAUGAGUUUUUAAAAACCCUCGAUAAGGCUGACAAGUUUCAGCCAUUUGGUGAGAAGUUAAGCGAGUAUACGCAACGCGCUGAAGAUGGCAGCGAGCGUUUAUUUGAGAUAUAUCAAUGUGAUUACAAAAUGUCUUCGUUUCUCAAAUUCUUUGCGCGUUUACAAACGUUUAUCUUGUGGUUUGUCGAUGCUGCAUCUUAUAUAGACACUGAUGAUGCACAGUGGUGUUAUUUCAUUUGCUAUGAGAAGUAUAAGAAUAAAGAUGGUCAGUACCAAUAUGCCACUGCUGGCUACACCACAGUCUAUGAGUACUACGCUUAUCCACAGAACAAAAGACCGCGCAUAAGCCAAAUGCUGGUGCUUCCGACAUUCCAGAAGCUGGGAUUAGCCACACAGCUGGUCGAGACUAUCUAUAAGUUUUAUCAGUCGCAGAAGAAUGUUGUAGACAUUACAGUCGAGGAUCCAUCGGAUGACUUCCAGCGUUUGCGCAACUUUGUAGAUGCUCGUUUGUGUUUGCCACUAAAAUGCUUCACACGCGAUGAGAUUUUCAAAGGCUUCAACAAGGAAAUGGUGCGCGAGGCGCGUGAAACCUUAAAGCUAAAUCCUCGCCAGUUGCGCAAGGUUUACGAGCUAUUGAGACUGUAUUAUACCAAUGUUCAUGAUGAGAAGGAUUAUAGGUCGUAUCGUUUAGAUGUGAAGAAGCGAUUAAAUGCUGUAUACUACAAGCAGUUGAAGGAUCUGCAAAAGAUGGAGCGUCAUAAGAUGGAUACGGAAAUGCUGCGCGCACGUUUGCCCAACAUGAAACAGCGCAUGGAGCAGCUUCAGGAGGAGUAUUUGCUGGUCGAGCAGGAUUACAAGAAUACCAUUCAGAAGCUGCGUGCUUAGUUUACAAUACAAAUAUUAAAACUUACAAACAAGCCACUGGGUGUUGAUUAAUUUAUUACGUUCUAAAUAUGUUGAUUACAAAAUACAAAUUUGUUGCUAUAAGCCUACAGUAGGAUUCUGUCGAAUAAAUAUAUAUAUAUGUAUUAAAAAGUAUCUAAUGUGUCCGUGUGUAUAUGUGCUUGGAGUCAAAACUUGUAGCGUGUGGAGCACUUGAGCAAUUAAAUUAUAUUUCAUAGAAAAUAUUUUCUUUUGUAUUUAGUGCAUGCA